AUGCGCAUUGCAGGUACCGCCGCAAACGCCCAGCUCAACCAGCAGAGUGAGAGGAAAGACCCCUAUGGCGGGAUUUGCUUGGUGGUCAUCGCCGUUGGGGUGGGAGCGUCGGUGGUGGUCCUGAUAGCCGCGUCGGUGGCACUCUUCUGCAGCAGACAAGGCCUCGGGUGCAAGCGUUGCACGGCAAAUGUCUUGUCGGCCGUGGAGGAGCAGAAAUGGCCCAAGUCCACCGUGGUGUACGAGGCGUAUCCCCCUUGGCUGCUCAGCAUACCCAAGCAGCCUGAGCAGCCGCAGGUCCCGGUGCUGCAACGGGAGCAGUCUUGGGCGUCGACGAGCACCAUGGCGAACAACCAAAACGAUGCCGUUUCCCCAAUGGACCCCCAGACAUGGGACGGCGUCCAGCACACUUGCCAGGUGUCGCCUACAACCACGUACAUGUCUCCUGUGGGAUAUCCGACAAUGCAGGGCCAUCAAGGCGCUCCGCAGUGGCAGCCGCCUGCGGAAUUGCCCACGACGCCAGAUCCUGGAAAUACACCCCUGCCGAGUUAUCCUGCUACCAUGGCAGAUGCUCACUUGCCGCCGAGAUUUUCGUGGACAGGAGAGGAGGAGGCGUCUUAUCGGCCGUCAUCGUGGAUGAAGCGGUAG